AUGAUCCUGGCCCCUGAGGAAUCCGGCUCUGGGAUGCCGCGGAUCCCGGUGGUGCAAGAGAGGGAUGCUGGCAUCUACACCUGCCGAGCUGUCAAUGAGUUGGGCAAUGCCUCUGUGGAGAUCCAGCUAGCAGCGGGACAUGUGACCCAACUGAGAGAGCCACCCCGAGAUGUCACUGUAGAGCUGGGAAGGAGUGCCCUCCUGGCAUGCCAUGCUAUAGGCCGCCUGCCCCCAACGGUCACCUGGCGCCGUGGAGAUGGCCAGCCACUGGGGUCCAGUCGGGGGCCCGCUCGGGACCGUGGGACUCGGCAAACGGAUUUGGGAGUGCUGUUCUUUGAAAGUGUGACCCCUGAAGACCAGGACCCCUAUGUCUGUGGAGCUCGAAACGUCUUUGGGAAGGUCCAGGCUGAGGCCCGGCUCAUCGUCACUGGACACGUCCCACCCCAGAUCGCCAGCAGCACCUCCACCAUCCGGGUCCUGGAGGGACAGCCCAUCUCCCUGCCCUGUGUCAUGCUGGCCGGGCAGUCCCUUCCAGAGAGGCACUGGCUUAAGGAUGGCCUGUCUGUCCUGCCUGGCAGCUGACAUUCCAUCCGAGCCAACAGCAGCCUCCACCUCAACCGGGCGCUGCAGGAGGACGCGGGGAGGUACAGCUGUGUGGUCACCAAUGCGGCCAGCUCUCAGCAUCGUGACGUGAAGCUGGUUGUCCAGGUGCCAUCUAGGAUCCAUCCCAUGGCCACCUCCCACAUCACCAAUGAAGGGGUUCUGGCCUCUCUCCCCUCUGUCACCUCAGGAGUUCCCACCUCCACCAUCACCUGGACCAAGGAAAGCAGUGCCCUGACCUCCAGGGGUCCGCACUACAACAUGAGCAGGGACAGCACCCUGGUCAUCAUCCAGCCAUCUGCCCGGGAUGCAGGGGCUUACGUCUGCACAGCCACCAACACGGUGGGCUUCUCCAGCCAGGAGAUGUGGCUUUCGGUCAGCACUAAGCCCAUGCUUCAUGCGAACUGGUCACGUGAUACAGAUGGGCCUCUGAGAGUCAUGGUGAAGGCUGGUGAAGAGGUGACCUAGGCCUGCGAGGCCCAGGGCUCCCCAACCCUGCUGGUUACCUGAACAAAGGACUCCCGCCCUGUGCUACCCAUCACUGACCGGCAACCCCGACCCCGUGGCCCCACGGGGACAGAGUCGGGCUCUGUGCCAGGCACCCCCCCCCGGGGACUGGGACCCUCCACCGGCGACCCUCAGUUCUCCCCACGAACCUUCCAUAGCCUCGGUCCCAUGAGAGGCUUGGGUCUGCAUUUCUUCGUGCCUCGAGCCUCUGCCUCCACCUGCUUCCUGCUCUUCAUGGCUCCUGGCUCCAGGGCAACUCUGGACACCUGCAAGGGAGAGUCCCAGAAGCCUUGGGAAGUGGGGGUGCAUCCUCACGGGUCCUCUGAGGCCCCAGAAAGUCCUACAAGCAACCCAGGACCCUCGGACCCACAGGAGGCAGUUGGCCAAAUCCUGAGCCUUGGACGCGUCUUUCAAAGAACUUGGGGCAUGGAGGACCUGCCUUCUCCCGCUUGUUGGCCAUGCCCUCCACCCGAGGGUCCCCUGCCCACCACGGUCACUGUGAGGGACCCUGAGUCGCCGACACCCAGGAUCAUGGUGCUGGCCAUCUGCUGUGGCCUUUUCCACCCCACGUGA